AUGAUGUUUUCUAGUCUCGUAGUCCUUGCGUCGACAGUCUUUAUUGCUACCAACGCUCUCGUUCUGAGUACCACAACUACGCAUUCAAGCCCCACUGCGGCUCCAACGAUUUUGCACCGUGAUGCGACUGCCACUGCUUCACCUGCAUCCACAAGUCCACUCUAUUUCCUAACAACAAAUUACAUUACCAUUGUGGGGGUAACAAAUGCACAUGUGACUAUCCCAGCCAAAACCGUAUCUUUUGCAGUUCCUACCUGCAUACAAACACUUACGCCGGACAAAAAUGGACAUCUGCCUCCGGGCACAUGCAACGCUCUCUAUGACUACUAUCCUAGUUCUGCAUCAGCUAUAGCUUUCGCUGCCAUUUUCGGAGUUCUUACUUUAGCUCACAUCAUACAAGCAUUCUUUUACAAAAAGGCAUAUAGUUUCUUCGUAGUUUCAGCAUCCAUCUGGGGUCUGACGGCUUUCAUACUCCGCAUUGUAUCAACCCACAACCAGCAAGAUAACGCUCUUAAACUCACAUCUUCCAUCUUUGCUUUGACUAUCUCGCCCUUGAUCGAUGCCUAUUAUUUCAUUCUCUUAGGACACCUCGUACAUCACUAUCUCCCAAGUCGUUCUCUUCUCAGUAUUCGUGCUUAUUUUAUUGCGCUUCCUUUCUUAGUAUUCAAUGGAGUGGCCUUUGUGCUAGAAGUUGUGGGCGCAACAAUGAUGGAAAGGAGGAAUUUUAAAUGGGAACAGAGGAAUGCAGAUCAUGUUCACAUUGGAGGCUUGGUCGUGCAAAUGCUGGUUAUUUUCGUCUUUCUUGGCGUGCUUGUGGCAUUCUGGAGAGAGAUGAAUGGGCUAGGACGAAAAGGUGUCAUGGGAACAGGUGGAAGGGGUUACUGGGAGCAAUGUUUGGAGGGUCUUGUCUUAUUCUGAUCCAGAUAUUCUUCUCCAUUGCUCGAUUCUCUACCGAAGAUAAAACGU